AUGUGGUCAGACAGAGAGGGGCUGCGUUUUACGAGCUUAUGGAGGACGCCCGCCCCAGAAGUUCGAGCAAUUGGCGGGGUCGAGAUACUCCUAGCUGAGAGUGGAUUUGAGGUCUCUGUUGUCAGCAGGGUCAUGCAAAACGCCAAAAGAGUAAGUCCAGGGGCGGUUGCUGACGCUGAGGAUCCACAAGGAACCGUUGACGCCACCAAAGUUGUUCGAGAAGCUGAAGGUGGUUCGAGUGGUGGUGGAUAUGGUGUCGAUACCAUCGGUGUAGACGAUGUAGCCAGUGAGGAUGCUGAUGGCAGUGGAGAAAUGAACUGGCCAGAGUGGAAGCCAUCGACGCCGCAGAAGGCUGCACCGGUGAUGGCGUUGGCGAACAACUAUGCGUUCUCGAGCAUUUUGCUCUUCUUCGUCUUUCCUCGUCGUCUUACUCGUCGCAUUCGUAUUCAUCCUCGUCAGGUUCGAUCUAAGUUUUACCUUGUCGCACUCUCAAACGCCUCUUGUCAUGCCCUCAUCGGGACGUUCCCAUUGCUCCCCUGUCUGUGGUGA